AUGGCGAUCGCAAAGGUCAUUGUUGUAGGAGCAGGACCAUCAGGUCUAAUUCUCAGUCUCCUCCUCGCCAAAAAAGGAAUAACAGUAGAACUCCUCGACGCAGGCGCAGAACUAGACAAACAGCCACGCGCAGCCCACUACGCCUCGGCCGCUACCUAUGAGUUAGAACGCGCAGGUGUUCUAGACGAUCUAAAAGAGCGUGGCUUUAGUCCAAAGGGCUUCGCAUUCCGGAAAUUCGACACCAGCUUCAUCGCCGGAAUCAAUCAUGCAUCUUUACCGGAAGAUUACCCAUACAAGAUGCAAAUCCUACCUCUGGAUCAACUGGGACAGCUUCUUUACGAACACAUCCAGCGUCAGCCAAAAGCAACAGUGAAAUGGACCCAUCGGGUCCUGAAAAUCGGCCAGGAUCAGGGCAAAGCUUGGGUUGAUAUUGAAACUCCGUCUGGAACACAUAGAUCAACAGCGGACUAUGUCGUCGGCUGCGACGGGGCUAGCAGUACCAUUCGGCGGGAGUUAUUCGGGCCUGAGUAUCCAGGUGAAACACUGAACGCCCAGAUCAUUGCUACAAAUGUAUACUACAACUUUGAUCGCUACAACUACUGGGAUUCAAACUUCAUCGUCCACCCAACAAAAUACUACAUGGCCGCGCGCAUCACAAAAGACGGACUCUACCGCGUAACAUACGGCGAUGUUCCGGGUCUCAGUAGAGAAGAAUACAUCGCGCGCCAGCCCGCUCGCUAUGAAGAGAUUUUACCGGGAAGUCCUAAACCUGGUGAUUAUCGAAUUACCAAUAUCUCGCCUUAUAAAUUGCAGCAGAGGUGCGCACCUUCUUUUCGCGAUGGGAGGGUUUUGCUUGCGGCUGAUGCGGCGCAUCUUUGUAAUCCUUUCGGUGGCUUGGGACUUACAGGUGGAAUUGCAGAUGUGGGUAAUCUCUUCGAUGCACUUGUUGGCAUUCACGAUGGCCUGGCGGAUGAUUCCAUUUUGGAUAAAUACAGUGAAGUUCGCAUGCGUAUCUGGAGAGAGAUUAUUGAUCCUAUGUCACGAGAGAAUUUCCGGAGACUUUGGGAUCAGGAUCCUGAGAAAGCCCUGGAGAAUGAUCGAUUCUUUCAGAUCUGCAAGAAAUCCGAGACCAAUGAGGCUCUUUCGAGGGAGUUGGCUUUGGGAUUAGAUGUGCUCAGGUUUGAUAUGACGCAGUUCUACAACAAGACGAGUGAGACAGAUGAUUCGCGUGGGAAGUUGUGA